CGGAAGGGAGGCGUCUCGGGGCGGGAUCCAAGAUGUCGCUCUUUCGACAAUUCUCCGGCGAGAUGAUGAAUGAUUGGCUCCCCAGCGACGGUCGACACGCGACGUCGUCCGGGAGCAGGCUCGGGGAUAACAAGAAGCGCCCGGGUCACUCGCGCAAUCACUCGUCUGGAUCCGGUCUGUCCGAGCGGCGAGGCGCGGUGACGCCUUCGUCGUUGGAGAUCCCGUCGCCUGACCACGGCGUGUUGCAGAUGUAUCCCGGGACGAGCGGGAUGUCCCCGUCGGAGAGGUACAACAGCAAGGAACCGGCGCGGCAGACGCACUCGCGAUCGCCGCGCUCGCCGAGAGGGCCGAAGAAGAAGAGAAAGUGGCGAAGCCGGAUCAAGACGUGCUCGAGGGCGACCGUCGUGUUCUUGUUCCUUUACUUCUUCGGACGGACCGCGUACCAGCUCACGUUCUUCCUGAAAGCGGGCCUGCAUCGGUACUGGUACCACCCCCUGGAGCAGCACCGACCGUUGCAGUGCAGGUUUAACACGCCGCCAAACGACUCCCUGCUCGCGCCGCUGCCGACGCCGCCGUUCACGAGCGCGAAACAUCCGAUGGGGGAGAGCGACGAGGAGGAGCUGCCGAUGCCAGAAGAUUUGCACCACACCCCGGGGGCGAAGUACGCGAUCUUGACGCUGUGCGAUUCGAACACCGGGUACAUAUGCGUCGCGUCCGCGGCGAACAAACGACGGUAUGCGGCGAAGCACGGGUACGAUCUGAUCGUUGUCACCGAAGUCGCGGACGCGUCGAGGCCCGCGGCGUGGUCGAAAAUAUUAGAGGUGCGGAAGCACCUGCCGAAGUACGAGUGGGUGUUAUUCAUCGACGUGGACACGUUGAUCAUGAACCCGAACGUGAAGCUCGAAGACAUCGCGGACGACUCCGUGGAUCAGGUCAUCGCCGCGGAUCACAACGGGAUAAACAGUGGGGUGUGGCUCGUGAAGAACAGUCGGUGGAUGAUGUGGUUCUUGGACGAGCUCUGGGCGCAGACGGAUCUCGUGACCGGGCCGUAUCUGUUCCACUACGAGCAGAGGGCGUUCCAUCACUUGUUCCAGACCGUGCCGUGGACGAAACAAAAGUCCGUGAAAGGGAAGUUGCCGUACCCGAAAGCCGCGGAGGUGAGGGCGCACUCGAAGAUCGUGAACCAAUGCGUGUUUAACUCGCUGCUUCCUUGGUACGUCACCGGCGAUUUCGUCGUGCACCUCGCAGGGCUGAAAGGGGUGUGGGAGUGUCUCAUCUUCUGGCAUUAUUUCGACAUUAGCCAAGAGAACUCGGGCAUGAGAAUCACGGACUGGUCGCGCGAGUUGGGCGGGGAGAGCCGCGCGGAGAACAGCGGGAAAGGCUCGACGCUGUGGGGCUGCAUGAAGUUUAAGACGCUGUUUAGAUGAUAGACGUUCGAUGUACGCGUAUGGUUUAUUUCGUUCUAUGAUCCACUACAUUAAAUUAGAUCC